AUGAAAAGGAAAAAUGCAAGAGAAGAAGAGCACAAGAAAAUGGAGGAACGUGGAAGAGGACGACCAAAGAAGAUUAAGAUUGCACCCCAAUCCCAUAACUCCUUAAACUAUUUUUUUUCCUUCUUAAUUAACUUGAGGAUUGAUAUUAUUCGUGACAGAGAUCAAAUAACGGUGAACGAUGAUGAUGACUUACCCGAGUUCUUCAAAGUUCACGUAUCCGAAAUUUAUUCUGAGAGAAUGAGAAUUCCUCCUGAUUUUAUCGAGAAAUUUGGUCGAAAGAAACCGGCAAUUGUCACACUAAAAACAACAUCUGGAAUCUCUUUUCGAGCUGAUAUGAAAAAAAUUAACGAGUGUUGGUUUCUCGAAAAGGGUUGGCCAGAAUUCGUGAAGGAAAAUUCAGUAGAGGAAGGUGAUUUUCUGACUUUUUCUUAUGCUGGAAAAUCUGUGUUUAAUGUGAAAGUAUUUGCGAAAAACGGCUGUAUAAAGAGUGUUGAUAAUCUCGAAGAGGAUGAACCUUCUUAACCUGGUUA